AUGUCCCAUUUUUUCUUGCAACGUGGCUUUGACAAAAAGAACCGACUUUCCUGUACACUUGGAGCGGGUUCAUGGAAAAAAUUAUUUUUUGAGGAGAUCCCCCUAUUUGAAAAUCCGUUCACAUUGCGUUCGCACAUGAGAACAAUUGAGGAAAAGAAAAGGCGGAAAGACAACAUUCCCCAAACUUCUCCAAUCGUGCAAAUCCAGAAAAAGCUAAUAGGGCAUCCCGAAUGCAAGUUUUGCAGUGUGCGCUUUUACUCUAACGAUGAGCUUUACACCCAUUGUAGGGAUGCACACGAAUCGUGCUUCAUAUGUAUUUCAAAUGAGAUCAAGGACCAGUAUUACAAGAAUUAUGAAUCGCUGCCUUGCCUUGAAAAAAAAUUUGUUGUCUUUUCGACUGUGAUUGAUCUGAAGGGCCACAUGGCCAACCAGCAUCCAGAGCUUUAUAGGGGCGGUCAAAGAUCCCAGAAUCGACAUAUACUCUCAAUCGAUUUGUCUAAAAAGGAUUCGCCAGCUUCUUCAACACAGGAACCGAGCAGGGAGACCAGGAAAGACAUUUCUACGCCAUUUGUGCUAUCUGAAGACUCUUUUCCAUCGCUUGCCCCCAUCAAUUCGUCUAUGCCUUUAAUUUCGAAAAGGAAGCCGGCAGUGCUACAUUCGAAAGAAAAAUUGUUUCCCUCUCUCUCGUCUUUGAGGCCAUCGGCUAUGGGCCCCCCAUCUGUUUCAGCAUCUGCACCGAAAAUAUCCUUUCCGGAAAAGGUGCCGUUGUCAAAACCCUCAAGCUUGCCAGCCAGCCAAAGCUUGAAAAGACAAGAGUCGCGCGCAGAGGCCUUUCCCGAACUUCCAAAGCGGGAAAAUACCGCACCGGCAGUUUCUACUCCUAAUGGACCGCCACCCGGCCUUUCCUUUCCAAACAAGUCGGAAAAGGGGAAACUGCGAGUUUUGCGCCUGCCUUGA